AUGGCGAGUGCCAAAGUGAGCAACAACCUGGCCGGUAGCGACGCCGAGGAUAGCAACGAUUCCGAUGAAGAUGGAAGCUUCGUCAUGACGAGAACGGCUGGCAAACGCCGUCUCAAUAUCAGUGCUGCCGACAUGAUUGCCAACGAAAUUUUGGACGACGUCAACGAAGAGCUUGUCGUGGAGGACGACGAAGUGGCUGACCCUGUCAAAAAACUGCAUCGGGGCUACAUGAAUGAGGCCGUUGCCAUGGCUCAAUUGGCUCUCCGAACAAAUGAGACGCCCGUUGGCUGUGUGCUUGUGCACAACGGCCGAGUCAUCGCUCGGGGUAUGAAUGCGACCAACAUGACCCGAAAUGGAACUCGUCAUGCCGAGUUGAUGUGCAUCAACGCGCUGCUCUCAUACUGGGACGACGUCAAUAAGGCCGACGAAACUUCCUCCAAUUCUGAAAACAACGGAGACGACUAUUCAGACUGUGGGAGUGCCGAGGACUACGACGACGACAAGAAGGAGUACACAGACGAGGACUGGAAAAAGGUCGACCCUAGCAAAGGUCAUCUAUUCCCCUACGGCCAAAAGCUCCAUCCUGCGCGGAUUGUGAGCCAAGACAUCAUCCAUGAAUGUUCGCUGUACGUCACAGUUGAGCCGUGCAUCAUGUGCGCGUCGAUGCUGCGGCAGUACGGCAUCAAAAAAGUCUAUUUUGGCGCGGCGAACGACAAGUUUGGCGGCACCGGCGGCGUACUACGCAUUCACAUGAACUCGAAGCCUCAUGAGCCGAUUCAGCAGAAUGUGUCGUACAUAGAGACAUAUGUUACGAACAUGAUGUCUCGGCCGAAGCGUGCCAGCCGACCAUCUCGAACGCUUGCUGUCAACACGGAAGAGGUGAUUGCGGCCACUGAAGGUCCGAUGACCGACGGUGCCUGCACACCCUCGCCCACGGACUCUGCCGAGUCUCAAGAGGAUGGUGGAUUAGCAACCGCAAAGAUGACCACGACCGUCACGAGAGCAGUGGUGACAACUGAUAACACAAACAACCCACCGGUCAUACGGCACACAUCAACCAUUCCAAUUGCCGAAGGAGCAGUCCCUGCUAGAGACGAGGGGCACGGCGGGAAUGUUGAACCAGGGUUCGACGUCGAGGGCGGCUGGGGCCGCGACAAGGCUGUAUUCCUUCUCCGCCAAUUCUACGUACAGGAAAAUGGCCGGGCGCCGGCGCCCAGAAAGAAGGAGGGUCGAGCCCAGCGUCUCGUGGAACAAAUGAAAAGCGAGACCGAAAGCACUGUCAAGCUCCCUCCCAAAGUCGACGGACUGCUUUCGGAGGUCAUAUCUGAGCAGCGGUCGCUUCCAGUCACGCCACUCGCUGCGAGUGGGCCCAGUGAUCCAGCCCCUUUGCAAGUUGAUUCCGUCAUGGACAUGCCACUUAGUGGUGUUACGAAAUGCGCUCCAAACGCCGAUUCAGCCGGUGCCAUCAAUAUCUCUGACGAUUAG